AUGCUCGCUGUCGACUCCUUCGAUGCUUCCACGACUAGCGUUCAUUUCACUUGCCCAGAGGAUGUCACCGGUCUCGAGAGGAUAAUCUUGGCAGCCCAGGGUGAUCUAGCUCUUCUUCGACUUCUCAGCGCUUUUUUCGCGACUGCCAUCUCCGUUGAACACGAAUACCUCAGAACAGAGCCUGCUCAUGUUGAACCCACUCUGGAUGAGGGUGUCAUCACACAGACACGUAAAGCGCACCUUGUAUGCGCUUCACGAACCGUUUGUGUGACCACGUCCACUGUUACUGUCCCUUCUGUUGAGCGCAAGGAUCUCGUACUAGAUGACAAGACGUUUGUCAGCCAGCUCUUCGACCAAUCUCAACAUACGCCCAAGUAUUCUCUCUUGAGCAUUGGUACGCAGGUCGUCGAUGGCAGGAAGGUUCUUCGGAAAACGUACACGCUGGAGGCUGGAGACUUCCUCUGCACCACGGUAGAGGAGUUUCCAGAUCGCGACAUGUUUGUUCGUGGCAAUGCUUGGCUGCAAGAUAUGCGUCCCCGAAUCGAUGGGGGACUAGCUCCAUCGCUGAUGCCUAACGCCACUCGUUUCGCAGAGGCGGCUACAUCCGAGCACUUCUUUUCCUUCACGCCCCAUUCUCCCUUUUUGACGCCCACCUUGUCAACGAUUCUGAUGAAACAAGCUGCAGAUCCAGUCAUUGGACAAAAGACCUUUGCAACUUAUCCGAAUCCGAGCAGAACAUCUUUCCAGGAGCCUUCAUACGUCGAUAUCAGCUAUGCUGAAUUCGCCAGAGCCGUAGAUCAUGAAGCAUACGAGUUGUACCACCAACUCUCCCCGAUCGUCACGUCUCAGCAGGCCGACGCUGCACAUGCGUCGCCAUCAGAGGCACCUGUGAUCGCACUCCUGGGUGACAGCGGGAUCUACUUUGCCACAAUAGUCAUGGCGUUGCUCCAACUCAAUGUAACAGUCUUCCUCUUGGCACCUUCUAACUCGGAGGCUGCAAUCGCGCAUCUAUUGACGACUUGCCAUGUCUCCGUUCUAAUCUACGAGCAUGGUCACUCCACAGUCGCUCGAAACGCGACUGCCAAGUGUUCGGUGCCCACUUUCGUCAUUGAUGCCAUUUCCAAGGCUUCUGAGCUUUAUACCCUUGCGCGAUCCCUUCCACCCGUCAAACUCAAUGAAAUCCGACGGCAUGUCCUUCACCACUCUCCGCCCGCCAUCCCAAUCAUUGUCCAUAGCUCGGGAUCGACGUCAUAUCCUAAACCUGUUCGCUGGUCAAACAAAAGCUUUUUGAGCAACGGGCAAGUAUUGCUCACUGCUGGUGGCUGGUCCACCUUCACAAAUAGAGACAACAGAUUUCUUUGCUUAGGCCCGUUGUUUCAUACAAUGGGACUCACGAUUGGCCUUGCCGGAACGAUCUGCGCUGGAACAACACUGGUUCUUCCAUUGACGCAGCUUUGGCCGCCAUCGCCUGCCGAUAUUGUCCGAUCUCUUCGUUCAACAAAGGUCACCACUUGCAUCAUCGUCCCACUCUUACUUGAACAACUUGUUGAUGCCCUUGAAACGAUUUUUGCCGCUCGUCGAAUUGAAGCUCUUGAUCACGAGACUGGAAACCUGAUGAUAGGAUCGCACACGAGGCCUUCGUCCCUGGAUGAUUCGUCCUGGAAUCUCUUGAGGCCCUUUCCCCAUACGUCGAUCAUUUUCAAACCCAUUGAAAGUUCGGAAGGGAAUAAUGAUUCACGUCAGGGGGCACUUUUUCAAGUACAUAUGGCUGCAGAUGAUGUGCGGUUGGCAGUUGGCGUCUUGAAGCCUGGCGCGGAAACUUGGAAUACUGGUGAUGUCGUGCAAGAGUCCUCACCGGGUUCAGGAUGGUACAGACUCUUAUAUCGGGACGAUGAUAUCCUCGUUCAUGUCAGCGGCGAGAAAACAAACCCUGUGCCUAUGGAGUUGAGCUGCCGCUCUCACAAACUCAUACAUCGCAUCGCCAUCAUUGGCCAUCGCCGUCCUGUCACAGCUGCUAUUGUACAGCUGAAUGAAAUCGAGGCGCAGCAACACACUGAGGAAGAGCGUCUGUUAAUCGUUCGCGAAGCGAUCCAAACCGCCAAUCAGGGUGCCCCUAGGCAUUCUAGAGUCGUCGAAGACAUGGUGCUCAUUUUGCCUUUGUAUUACCAUAAGCAAAUAUCCAGCACCACAAAAGGAAACUGCAUCCGGCCCAAGGUAUUGCAAACAUUCGCGGAAGAGAUCGAUGCUCUGUAUCGGAGCUUCGAGGGCGAUGAUGUUGCCCUAGACGACGCUCCCCAAGGUUCUGUUAUCAGCCUUGCCGAAGUACAGGCUGAGGUCACCAAUAUUUUGGGUCAAAUCAUCGAAAAUCCUGUCACACCUAUGGACCCCGCGAGGAGUCUCUUCGACAUGGGUCUGGAUUCGAUCACCACACAGCAACUGCGUAACCGCCUGUCCAAGGCUUUUGGAUUGAAUCUACCGCAACAAUUUGUCUACCAAAAUUUCUCUCUGGAGAAAUUGUGUUUCGCCCUGCAUGACCGCCUAUCCUCGUGCUCCCAGACGGCCGAAGCAGGACCUACCAGAGGAGAGAUUCUGUACGAAAUUCUCGAGCGACAGCUUGGUGCUCUCCGACGUUCAGCAGAUAUUGUCCUGUCCAGCCGUUCAAUCUCGCAAGGCAUGGAGAUACCCACUGGACAGGUCGUUGCUGUUGUGGGCGCAGCUGGGUCUCUCGGCAUCUGGCAAGUGAAGGCUCUCUUAGACCGUGCGGACGUUCGACAAGUCCUAUGCCUUGUACGAGGUGCGAGUGUGUCUGCAGUAUACGACAAGGUCCAGGCCGCAUUUAGGAAGGCAGCGCUCCACGACUUUGCCCAUCAGACCGAGGAGUGGCGGGAUCGCCAGCUCAGUCAGGCGGGUGUCCCUGCUGUGGAUCUGGACCAGAGAUUGGUGGUGCUUCCAUUCGACAUGGCAAAUCCUCAUUUCGAGGAGCGCGAGUACCUCGCAUUGGCCAGCACCUUGACAGCAAUCAUCCAUACUGGAUGGAAGAUGGACUUUAAUCAGGUGGUGGAAGACUUCGAGAAGGAUUGUCUUGCCGGAACUGUCCAACUGCUCCUCUUGGCUGGAUCUGUGCGACCGAAGCGUUUCUACUUCAUAUCCAGCAUCGGUGUGGUCAUGGAAUCGAAGCAAACCCCGGUAUUAGAGCAGCUUCUGCCAUGGUCCAAGGACGAUCAUAUCUCAGCGUCGCCACAUGGAUACAGCGAAUCGAAGUUCAUUGGCGAAUAUCUCGUACAGGCGGCGUCCACGAUUCUCCACAUCCCUUGCUCUAUCGCGCGCGUCGGGCAAAUCACAGGCGACACAAUCAGCGGCGUUUGGAAGGCGCAGGAAAUGAACCCCGUCAUCAUCGCCGGCAGCGCACGCAUCGGGAAAUUCCCUGUCGUACCCGACGCUCUGCUAGACUGGACCCCAGUGGACACCGUCGCGAGCUCUACUGUUGAACUAGCCCUGGGGCCGCAGGCACCGGACACCGUGUCCGUGCACCACAUCGCCAACAGGUCGCUGUCCACGUACGCAGACAUGGCCCAGCACCUCCGCGCGGCAGGUGUGGACGUCGUCCCGACCUCUCCCGAGGAGUGGUGGGCGGCGAUCAAGGCGGACGAGGGAAACCCGUGUCUCACUAUCGAGGCGUACAUCGAGACGGCGUUCGUGCAGGCGCACGCGGACAUGGCGAAGACGGGGGGGAAGACGCUCACGCUGGACAUCAGCCAGACGCUGCGGCUCGCCCCCAAUUCGCUCGUGCACUGCCCUCCUCUGGACGGAACGCUUUGGCAGAAAUACGUGCGGUAUUGGCGCCAGAUUGGAUUCCUGCAGAAAUGA